CGCAACACGCCAAAGGACUCGAAACGAAAUUAAGAAAUCGGGAAAUCAAUAAAUUCACAAUGUUUUACAAAAUUUUCAAAAUGACAUAAUGUAAACCGCCGUGAUAUUAAAUUAAUAUUGUAUUUAUUUUUUAGGAGUAUAAAUUUAUAUUUAAUGUUAUUUUUAUUUAAAAGUGUAAGUAAUGCAUAUCUUAAAAGCUCUAAGAGCGACUACCUCACAAUUUCAAGCAUUUAGCUCCGCGAAAGGACGCAAUGCUUCUUCGGACUCGAAGAAAAUAGAAUACAAGCCAAUUAGAAGCGUCCUGGUUGCGAACAGAGGAGAAAUUGCCAUAAGAGUGUUCAGAGCAUGCACUGAGCUGGGAAUUCGGUCCGUCGCCAUUUACAGCGAACAGGACAAACUGCAGAUGCACAGACAAAAAGCCGAUGAAUCAUAUUUAGUCGGUAAGGGUCUACCUCCCGUUGAGGCGUACCUCAACAUACCUGAUAUCAUCAGAAUAGCCGUGGAAAAUGACGUGGAUGCCGUGCAUCCUGGUUAUGGUCUUCUGUCUGAGAGAUCGGACUUCGCUCAAGCAGUCGUGAACGCUGGUAUCCGCUUUAUCGGUCCAUCACCAUCCGUGGUGCAGCAGAUGGGAGACAAAGUGGCCGCUAGGAAAGCGGCCAUCGAUGCUAAGGUGCCAAUUAUCCCGGGAACUGAUGGUCCUAUAACGACGAAGGAGGAGGCACAAGCCUUCUGCGAAAAACAUAGUCUUCCAGUUAUAUUCAAGGCCGCAUUCGGUGGAGGUGGCCGAGGUAUGAGAGUAGUGAAAGAAAUGAGUGAGGUAAAGUCCGCCUUCGAGCGAGCCUCCUCUGAAGCUCUGGGAGCUUUCGGCAAUGGUUCCAUGUUCAUCGAGAAGUUUAUUGAGAGACCUCGUCACGUUGAAGUGCAGCUGUUGGGUGACAAGGCCGGCAACGUAGUUCACCUUUUCGAACGUGAUUGCUCCGUACAGAGAAGACAUCAAAAAGUAGUAGAAAUUGCUCCUGCGCCCGGUUUGGACCCCGCAGUCCGUAAAAAAAUGACAGACUACGCCGUGCACUUGGCUCAGUCUGUCGGCUACGAGAACGCGGGUACCGUGGAGUUCUUACUCGAUGAUAAAGGCCACUUCUACUUCAUCGAAGUCAACGCUAGGUUACAAGUUGAACACACAAUAUCAGAAGAGGUAACUGGCAUAGAUUUAGUACAAUCACAAAUCCGAGUGGCAGAAGGUAUGACAUUACCUGAAAUGGGACUGACGCAAGACAAGAUCAAAGCUCAAGGGUUUGCGAUACAGUGCCGAGUUACCACUGAGGAUCCUACUAAUAACUUCCAGCCUAGCACAGGACGAAUUGAAGUUUUCAGGUCUGGUGAGGGUAUGGGCAUCCGUCUGGACUCUGCGUCCGCGUUCGCCGGUGCUGUCAUCUCUCCAUACUACGACUCACUUCUUGUUAAGGUAAUCUCCCACGCUCACGACCUGCAAUCAUCGGCGGCUAAAAUGAACCGAGCCCUGCGUGAGUUCCGUAUCCGAGGCGUUAAGACCAACAUUCCGUUCUUGCUCAACGUGCUGGAAAACCAGAAGUUCCUCAAAGGCGCCCUGGACACGUACUUCAUCGACGAGAAUCCCCAACUAUUCACGUUUAAAGUAUCGCAAAACAGAGCUCAGAAAAUCCUCAACUACCUUGGACAAGUACUUGUGAACGGCCCCUCUACUCCUCUGGCCACUAAGAUACCGCCCGCUGUCGUCACGCCGUACAUUCCACCCGUACCGCUGGACCUAAAAAUGGUUAUGAAGAAACAAGAAGGGAAGAAGAAAAAAGGUGCAAAGGAUGAGCCAGCUUACAGAAAUCCAGCCCUGGCACCCCCCAAGGGUUACAAACAGAUUCUCAACGAGGGCGGUCCUGCGGCCUACGCUAAAGCCGUCAGGGCACACAAGGGCUUGUUGCUCAUGGACACCACCUUCAGGGAUGCUCAUCAGUCCCUGUUAGCCACCAGAGUCAGGACACAUGACCUGCUGGCCGUGUCACCCUAUGUCGCUCACAACUUCAGUAACCUGUACUCGCUCGAGAACUGGGGUGGAGCUACUUUUGAUGUUGCCUUGAGGUUCCUCCACGAGUGUCCAUGGGAGCGGCUCCGAGACAUGCGGCGUCUGAUCCCCAACAUCCCCUUCCAGAUGUUAUUGCGAGGCGCCAACGCCGUCGGCUACACUAACUACCCCGACAACGUCGUCUUCAAGUUCUGUGAGAUGUCUGUCAAAACUGGCAUGGACGUCUUCCGAGUAUUCGACUCCCUAAACUACCUUCCAAACUUAAUCCUUGGUAUGGAUGCCGCGGGCAAAGCCGGUGGUGUGGUCGAAGCUGCCAUCUCUUACACUGGCGAUGUGUCAGAUCCUUCCAGGAAGAAAUAUGACCUCAAGUACUAUCAGAAAUUAGCUGAUGAGUUGGUGAAAGCUGGAACCCAUGUGUUGUGUAUUAAGGAUAUGGCGGGGCUUUUGAAGCCACAGGCUGCUAAGUUGCUUAUUGGAGCUAUUCGCGACAAGCACCCGGACGUUCCUAUUCACGUGCACACACACGACACGUCCGGUGCUGGCGUUGCGGCCAUGCUUGCAUGUGCCCAGGCCGGAGCUGACGUUGUGGACGUGGCCGUGGACUCCAUGUCUGGCCUGACCAGCCAGCCCAGCAUGGGCGCGGUAGUCGCGUCCCUGCAGGGAACUGUACUGGAUACUAAGAUCCCACUGUCCAUAGUAUCGGAAUACUCAGCUUACUGGGAGCAAGCGCGUACACUGUACGGUCCCUUCGAGGCCACAGCGACCAUGAAGUCUGGCAACGCCGACGUAUUCCUCCACGAGAUUCCCGGAGGACAGUAUACCAACCUGCAGUUCCAGGCCUUCUCAUUGGGCCUGGGAAACCAGUUCGAAGACGUUAAGAAGGCUUACAGGGAAGCUAACCACCUUCUAGGUGACAUCAUCAAGGUAACUCCAUCAUCCAAGGUAGUGGGAGACCUUGCCCAGUUUAUGGUGCAGAACAAGUUAACAGCUAAAGAUGUCAAGGCCAGGGCUGAGGAGCUGUCCUUCCCCGGGUCUGUUGUAGAAUUCCUGCAGGGAGCUAUCGGUAUACCGCAUGGAGGGUUCCCGGAGCCACUUAGAUCGAAAGUUGUGAAGGACAAGCCAAAAAUCACAGACAGGCCCGGAAAGAAUUUAAAACCUUUGGACUUCAGUAAAUUGAAAAAAGACCUUAAGGAAUCUUUCCCAGAGGUGAACGACCAUGACGUGAUGUCGGUGGCCAUGUAUCCGAAAGUGGCGAAGGACUUCUUCCGUAUGCGCGAGAAGUACAGACCCGCUAAGCAUCUCGACACCAGGAAUUUCUUUAUUGGACCUACUGUCGGAGAUACGAUAGACGUGAAGAUAGCGCGCGGAAAGAUACUGCACAUCAAGACAGUCGCCGUGUCGGACGAGAUGACAGCGGCGGGAGAAAGGGAAGUCUUCUUCGAGCUCAACGGACAGCUUCGAUCUGUGUUCAUUAAGGAUGAAACUUCUAGCAAGUCAAUGAAAAUCCACCCCAAGGCCGUUAAAGGUGAAAAGAACCAGGUUGGAGCGCCAAUGCCGGGACAAGUAAUCACAAUCAAAGUAAAAGAAGGCGACAAGGUCGUGAAAGGACAACCCAUAGCUGUUCUCUCAGCCAUGAAGAUGGAGAUGAUAGUCCAGGCGCCUAAAGCUGGCACGAUUGCCACCCUCAAUAUCACCACGGGAAUGAAACUAGAGGGAGGUGAUCUCAUCUGUACCCUGAAAGACUAAAUUCAGCACAUGGCAAGAAUAAUUCGGCACAAAAUCAUAUUGCCAGAAAA